GUAGAAAAGAUCAGUGCCAAGAAGAAAUAAAUAUACAAAUUGAAUUCUAACUAAAUCAGAGUUUAUCAAGUGUUGUGUGCGUGGAUCCAUGAGAUAUUUUCGGCAAGUGCACGCGUACAGAAAGCGUGCUCGGCCCCUUACCUAUGACGACAAGCUGAACUAAGUCCAGCAGCCGUUGCAGCACAGUUCAUUAGAAACUUUUAAAGCUCCACAUGUCCGCCAAAGCAGAGGCGGACAAUCCACUCGCCAGCGCCGGCGGCACAGCGAGCGGCGGCGUCAAUAGCAACUCCAAUGGGGCUAUAACCCCGGCUAGACGGCUGCGCACACGCAACUCAACCGGCAGUGGCAGCGAGUCGGCCAAAAAGAAUACCAACAACAGCGCCCACAACAAUAAUAACAACAACAGCAACAACAAUAAUAAUAAUAAUAAUAACAACAACAACAGUAGCGAAUCAGCAGCGGCAGGCAAUGAUGCAAUUGGAACGGCAUCAAGCACAACGCCUGCAUCAGGAGGUUCUGCUGCGGCUGCCCCACCACCCAUCUCUGUGGAGCGUGCCAUGCCCAGCGUGCCGAUGAAUCAUGCCAGCAGCAGUGUCUCAGCGAGUAAGAAAUAUCACAAUAGCUGUCCGCAUCCAACGCCCUCGGUGCACAAGAAAACGCUCCACACGAAGCCGCACAGCAGCAAUAAAUUUGAUCAGAACAAGAACGAGGAAUUCCAUUUUGAUACGCCGCCCGAGUGUCCAGUUUUUAGACCCACAGUGGAGGAGUUUAAAAAUCCAUUGGCCUACAUCAGCAAGAUACGCUCGAUAGCGGAGAAAUGUGGCAUUGCCAAGAUAUUACCGCCGGAGAAAUGGUCGCCGCCAUUUGCCGUCGAUGUGGACAAAUUGCGUUUUGUGCCGCGCGUUCAACGCCUCAACGAACUCGAGGCGAAGACGCGCGUCAAACUAAACUUCUUGGAUCAAAUUGCCAAGUUCUGGGAGCUGCAGGGCUCCUCACUCAAAAUACCGAUGGUGGAGCGCAAGGCACUCGAUUUAUAUACGCUGCAUCGCAUCGUUCAGGAGGAGGGCGGCAUGGAGCAGACCACCAAGGAGCGCAAAUGGGCCAAGGUCGCCAAUCGCAUGCAAUAUCCAUCCAGCAAAAGCGUUGGCGCCACACUCAAAGCCCACUACGAGCGCAUACUGCAUCCCUUCGAGGUGUACACCUCCGGCAAAGUGCUGGGAACGGGUGCUGGGGCCGGCGUAGCUGCGGGCGCUACACCCGUCAAGCUCGAGGAUGUCGGCACCGAUUACAAGGCCCAUGAAAUACCCACACGGCAGCAGAUCGCGCCACCAAACGAGAACAAUACGCGUCGCUCUAAACGUUUUGGCAACUCCAAUGCCGGCUGCGGCUUGAGCAAUGUCAAACUGGGAUGUGCGGCUGCCAAUGCUGCUGCAGCUGCUGCUGCUUCGUGUACAAUCAAAACGGAAACCAAGGAAGACUUCAAACGCGACCUUUUGAGCAGUUUCAAUGCGGUCAAUGCGCCAGCUGGCAGCGGUGGUGCGGCUGCGGGCGGUCAGUCUGCUGGCAGUGGUGCUCCACCUGCACCCAAUACACGCGCCACCCAGAAGAAGGCCACAACGGAGCCACAGCAGCAGCCCCUCAUCGAUCCGCUGAUGAAGUACAUCUGUCACAUCUGCAAUCGUGGCGAUGUCGAGGAGUCCAUGCUGCUGUGUGAUGGCUGCGACGAUAGCUAUCAUACGUUUUGUCUAUUGCCACCACUGAGCAGCAUACCCAAAGGAGAAUGGCUAUGUCCGCGUUGCGUUGUGGAGGAGGUAAGCAAGCCGCAGGAAGCAUUUGGUUUCGAGCAGGCCGAGCGUGAGUACACGUUGCAGCAGUUUGGUCAGAUGGCCGAUCAGUUUAAGCAGGAGUACUUCCGGAAACCGGUGCACUUGGUGCCCACGGAGAUGGUGGAGCGUGAGUUCUGGCGCAUUGUAUCCUCAAUUGAUGAAGAUGUGACCGUUGAAUAUGGCGCCGAUUUGCAUACAAUGGAUCAUGGUUCUGGUUUUCCCACAAAGAGUUCGCAUUACUUGCUGCCCGGUGAUCAGGAGUAUGCCGAGUCUAGCUGGAAUUUAAAUAAUCUACCGCUGCUGGAGGAUUCAAUACUGGGUCACAUAAAUGCUGACAUUAGUGGCAUGAAUGCCCCAUGGAUGUAUGUGGGCAUGUGUUUCGCUGCCUUCUGCUGGCACAACGAGGAUCACUGGAGCUAUUCGAUUAACUAUUUGCAUUGGGGCGAGCCAAAGACCUGGUACGGUGUGCCCGGCUCCCGGGCCGAACAAUUCGAGGAGACAAUGAAACGUGCCGCGCCUGAGCUCUUCUCCUCGCAGCCAGAUCUGCUGCACCAGUUGGUGACCAUAAUGAAUCCGAACAUACUGAUGAACAACGGGGUGCCCGUCUAUCGCACCGAUCAGCAUGCCGGCGAGUUUGUCAUCACAUUUCCGCGCGCCUAUCAUGCCGGUUUCAAUCAGGGCUACAAUUUCGCCGAAGCUGUCAAUUUUGCGCCAGCCGAUUGGCUGAAAAUGGGACGCGAAUGCGUCAAUCAUUAUUCGAUGCUGCGUCGCUUCUGCGUUUUCUCGCACGAUGAGCUUGUGUGCAAGAUGGCCUUGGAGCCAGCCAAGCUGACAUUUGGUAUUGCCACCGCUUGCUAUAUUGAUAUGGCCGAAAUGGUUGACACCGAGAAGAAGCUGCGCAAAUCACUGCUGGAAUGGGGCGUAACACGCGCCGAACGGCGCGCCUUCGAGUUGGUCAACGAUGAUGAGCGCCAUUGCCAGGAGUGCAACACCACCUGCUUCCUUUCGGCCGUUGCCUGCGAGUGCAACGACAAACUGAUUGUCUGCCUGCGCCACUACACCGUUCUCUGUGGCUGUGCACCAGAGAAUCACACGCUCAUCUAUCGCUAUACGCUCGACGAGAUGCCGCUAAUGCUGCAAAAGCUGAAAGUGAAGGCGCACAGCUUUGAGCGUUGGCUGUCGCGUUGUCGCGACAUUGUCGAUGCCCACACGCCCACAUCGGUGACGCUGUCGGAGCUGCAGGAACUCUGCAAGGAGGCCGAAACAAAGAAGUUUCCCUCAUCGCUGCUCAUCGAUCGCCUGAAUGCAGCGGCCAUUGAGGCCGAGAAGUGCGUCACUGUCAUCCAACAGCUGGGCAUCAAUAAGGUACGCACCCGCUCCGAUCACAAUCAGGAGGCGGCACAGUAUAAGUUGACCAUGGAGGAACUGGAGUUGUUUGUACAGGAAAUCGAUAAUUUGUGCUGCAUCAUUGAUGAGGGCGCCUCGGUGCGUGAGCUGUUGGUGUUGGGCAAACAGUUUGUGGAGCGGGCCAAGGCGCAGCUGCAGUUGUCGCUGGAGGCGCUCGAGGAGAAUGAACUGGAGACGCUGAUCAAUGAGGGCAGCUCGUUGCGCAUUGAACUGCAGCAACUGGAUCAGCUGCAGAAGCGUCUGAAGCAAUGCAAAUGGUACAAACGCUCUCAGGGCUUGCGCGAGACCAGCUCCAAGCUGACCUACAAAGAUGUUGAGACGCUGCUGCAUACCGCCGCCGCUGAUUUGGAUCCCACCGAUCCCUAUGUGGAUCGCGAGAUGCGUAAAUUGCAAACAAUUGGUGCGGCAAUCGAGGCAUGGGAAUCGCAGGCAGCCAAAUAUUUCCGUCGUCUCAAUCAGCAGCACGAGCUAACCGAGAUCGAGCAGUUUCUGAAGUCCGCCAGCGAUAUCAACGGGCAGGUGCCAUCGCAUGGCAUGUUGAAGGAUGCGUUGCGCAAGGCACGCGAAUGGCUGCGCGCCGUUGAGCAACUGCAGCAGAACAAUCAUGUCACCUAUUGCCACACGCUGGAGGCGAUGAUCGAACGGGGCCUGAGUAUACCCAUCCAGCUGGAGGAAUUGGGUCGCAUGCAGGGACAUUUGACUAGUGCACACCAGUGGAAGGAGAACACGGCGCAGGCGUUCCUGAAGAAGGGCACAUUCUAUACGCUGCUGGAGGUACUGAUGCCGCGUGCGGAUGCCAUUAACAUUGACUCGGAUCUCAAGCCGCGUUUCCAAGAUGAUUUCCUCAAGGACAAGAAUCCCGCCGAAAUUGUGGCCAGCUUCAAGCAAGCCGAGGAGCAGGAGCUGCGCGAUAUGCGCGAUCUUCGACGCCAGAAUAUGACCAAGAAUCCACUGCGCGACGUCUUCUGCUUGUGCAAGUCGGAAUUCCGUGGUCUAAUGCACAAUUGCCAGCUGUGCCGCGAUUGGUUUCACGAGGAUUGCGUGCCGCCGCCGCCGCAUCCAAUAACAGCGCAACAGAAUGGCAAUGCAGAUGCUUCCACGUCAGCGCAGGCAAAGUGGCUAUGUCCCAGCUGUGUGCGCUCGAAGCGUCCACGUUUGGAGAUGAUUUUGCCACUGCUCGUCCAGCUGCAACAGCUGCCCAUCCGCCUGCCCGAGGACGAGGCAUUGCGCUGUUUGGCUGAGCGUGCCAUGAACUGGCAGGAUCGUGCACGCAAAGCUCUAAGCAGUCCCGAUGUCAGCGCCGCCCUGGAUGCCAUCUUGUUGCAACAGCAGAAGCGACGCACCGAGAGCGGCAGCGGUGGCACCGCCGCUGUCCUGGGUAAUAUCAACAGUCCACGAAAGCCGCGACGUCAGCACAAGCAGCAGGGCGCGAAUAAUACCACGGGUCGUUCCGAAUCGGAUGCUGAGGAUGUGGAUGAUGUUGACGAUGACGACGAUGAUGAUGAAUGCCGGCUGCGCAUUGUCGAGGAUGGCUAUAGCAACGAUGAGGACGAGCAGCUGCCGCGUUUGGCAUCAACGAAUCAAGCGAAUCAACCCAGCAACAGCAGCACUACAGAUCUCCUCAAGCUGCUCUCCGACAGCGAAAUUGAGAAUCUGCUCGAGCUGAUGAUGGAGGGUGAUUUAUUGGAGGUGUCGCUCGAAGAGACGCAAGAGCUGUGGCGCAUACUCGAAACAAUGCCGCCGACAAUGCUGCAAGCGGACGCCAAGGCUCGCGUCGCUCAGCAUGUGCAGCAGCACCAGUUGCAACAGGAUGCGAAUGCACCAGCCACAGGCACCUCGACGUCGAGCAUACACAGUGGCGCCGAUGAUUCCAAUGAUAGCCUGCUUGUUCAGAAUAGUCCAAGUCCCAACGCUCAAGCGGUGCGCAACAAGAAGCGACGCUCCAAUGACUCCAGCAGCGCCAAUGUGGCUGUGCCGCGCAAGAAACAGAAUACGCCCAAACAGACGCCGGGCAAAAAGUCGCAAGCGGUGCGCAAAAGCGAUAGCAAGGCAAGCAGCUCGCCCGGCGUCGAUGCCGAUGCCGAAAAUAAGCAGGCAAAUGGUGGCAAUACCAAAACAACAACAACCACAACAAUUACAACACCAACAACGCCGGGAUCAGCUACAGUUGCAGCAGCAGCAGCUGCAGCCACUGGCGCCACAGCGACAGGCGCAGCUGGCACACCCACACCGGGCUCAGCUGGGCACAAGAAACGCAAGCGCACCACCACCACAACCAACAACAACACCAAUAAUAAUAACAACAACAGCAGCAACAACAGUGGUAACAAUAGCAAUGCAGGCGGCACACCCACAGCAGGCGCCAACAGUAGUCCGUCAACAGGUGGCACUGGCGGCGGGCAGAAGAAGCAUGCGCAACGAACACAGCAAACGGCGCAGGAAGAUGACGAGGAGGAGUGCCGAGCAGAGAAUUGUCAUAAGCCAACGGGACGCGAGGUGGACUGGGUGCAGUGCGACGGUGGCUGUAACGAAUGGUUUCACAUGUACUGUGUGGGCCUGAAUCGUAGCCAGAUCAAAGCUGACGAUGAUUACAUAUGCAUACGCUGCUCCAAGACGGUCAGCGUAGGCGUCGCUGGAGGCAGCGGCAGCGGCAGCCUAACCGUUACCACAACGACGACAAGCAGCCUAACGAUAAGCACGGGGACGCCGGGCAAGCAGCGUGCAGCGCAAUCGGCGCGGUAAACAGAAUCGAGAAGUUGCGGCGCAAAAAGAAAAGAUCGCGCAAGCAGCAACGGGAAUAACAACAACAAUAACAAUAUAAAAUUGACAACGGUUGGCAGCACCCUCGAUUAAAGCUAGCGAGAUAAUCGAUAAACUGCUAUCGCAGUGUUUAUACAUAUAAUUAUCACACACACACAGACACAUCCGUAGAAAGAACAGACAGAGAGCCACACACACGCACGCAACUGGGUUGUGCGUGCUACAACGGUAUUUACUAAGUGUUAGUAAGAAGUCACUUAAACGUUUUUUGUAGUACAUAUUUACUAAUUAUCGCUAUUAUUACACAAACGUAUAUAAAAAAAGAAACAACAAACGGGAAAACCAACCAAUCAACACAACACACACGAACACAUUUGAAAAGUAACGAAAUUAAGUGAACUGUUUCAACUGUAAAAUGCAAAAUACAAAAAAAAAAAAACAUUUUGUAUGUGUAGGCGCCAAGCACAUUUUACGUUCGUUUAACUUUCUCUUACAUUUAGCUGAUGUAAAUUUAUAUAUAAACACAUAUAUAUGUAUAUGUGUGUUUAUACAUAUGCAUAUAUAUAUAUAUUUAAUUACCACUACCUGCUACUAUUAGUUUUUGUUAAUUUAAUUUACAUUUUGUGUUCUUUUUAAGUUUUGUGCGACGCGCGCGCGUUUUUUACGUUUUUAUUAUUUUCAUUUAAAGAACAAUUUUGAAAAGGUUUAUUACAUAUUUUACUUCUGUACAGUUUUUCUGUUUACUUAAAGUGGAAAGCAAAGUAAAGGUUAAUUGUUAUUUUAAUACAUACAUUUAUAUCUUCCAUAAACAUUAUUUCCAAUCAUUUUUAUAAGCGUGGCGCGCUGUAAUCCAUUUUUUCACUUGUAUGUUUUCUUUGUUAUUUUCCUACAAAUCGAUCGAUUAAAAAAUAAAAAUGUAGCAUAAAUACCAAGAUUAAUCUAAAUACUAAAACAAAAACAAAAAUUUGUUGAUGAAACAAAAGAUCAUAAUAAAUAUAAAAUAAAUAAAUUGCAGCCCUAAUGCUAAGUUUACAUUUAAAUAUAAAUGAAAGUAAUAAAAAUGUAUAAUUUCUAAUUUUAAACUUAGUAAGCUGAAUAGAGAACAAGCGUAAAUAAGCAACAUGAAAACAAAAAAACAAAUUGCAAGAAAAAAAUAACUUCUCAACGUACAAGAAAAAUGCUUAGAACUAUGCGAUAGAAAAACACUUUGUAAAAUCAUUUUUUAAGCGUGUAUAAAAAAAACCCGAGCGAGUUAUAAACAUGCAGAGUAGCUCCAAAACAAAAAAAAAAAAAGCAAAAACAAAAAAAAAUUAUAUGAAGAAGAUAAAACACCUUAUCAGAAUAAGGCGCAACCAUUUUAUUUAAUUAAGCUAUCACUACGAUUUCUUUAAACGAGCCCACUUCACAACAAAUCAAUACCUUACGCCCCCCUCCACGAGACCCCACAAUAUGUAAUUCUAUUAUACAUAUAAAUAAAUUAUAU